AUGGCGACCGUCGCCCCGCCGCCCUCCAAGCGGCAACGCCGCGAGCAGGCCGCCAGAGCCACCACCCAACAGGACGUGACGGCGGUCCUCGCCCCUCCGACAGGCUCCUUCCGGGCCCGCUUCGUCUCUGGCUCUGACGGCUCGCCCCUAGCGGACGCCGUGGAGAUCCCGCUGGCCGAUGCCUCGGAGAAGAACGUGUCGCUGCUGCUCAACACCCUCCUGGGCCGCGAUGCCGACGAGUCCGUCCCCUACCGCUUCCGCAUCCUGCUACCCCCCAGCAAGGACAACAAGGAGGAGAUAGUCAUAGACAGCUACCCUUCGGACCUUGGGGCGCUGCUGCGCCAGCACGGCAUCGAAGACGCCUUCGAAACGACGCUGACGCUCGCGGCCGAGCCUCAGGCCGUGUUCAAGGUGCAGGCGGUCAGCCGGUUGGCGCACCGCAUCCCAGGCCACGGCGAGCCUAUCCUCUGCGCGCAGUUCAGCCCGGCGUCGUCGGCGCGGCUCGCGACCGGCUCCGGCGACAACACGGCGCGCAUAUGGGACUCGGAGACGGGGACGCCCAAGCACACGCUCAAGGGUCACGCCGGCUGGGUCCUUGGCGUGAGCUGGUCGCCCGACGGCACGCGGCUGGCCACGUGCAGCAUGGACAAGACGGUGCGCAUCUGGGACCCGGAGACGGGCAAGCAGGUCGGUGCCGAGCUCAAGGGUCACGCAAAGUGGGUUCAGGGCAUCGCGUGGGAGCCGCUGCACCUGUGGCGCGACGGGACCCCGAGGCUGGUGUCGGCGAGCAAGGACUUUACGGCCAGGAUAUGGACGGUCAACACGGGGCGGACCGAGCACGUGCUGAGCGGACACAAGGGGAGCGUCAGCUGCGUGCGCUGGGGCGCCGGCAACGGCACCGGCGUCGUGUACACGGCGUCGCACGACAAGACGGUCAAGGUCUGGGACGCCGUCAAGGGUACCAUGCUACACGACCUCAAGGCCCACGCCCAUUGGGUCAACCACCUCGCGCUCUCGACCGACUUUGUCUGCCGGACCGGCUUCUUUGACCAUACCAAGACGGUACCUGCCACGGCCGGGGAGAAGACAGCCAAGGCCAAGGAGAGAUACGAAAAGGCGGCCAGGGUCGGCGGCAAGAUUGUUGAGCGGCUCGUCAGCGCCAGUGACGACUUUACCAUGUAUCUGUUUGACCCGUUAAACAAUGGGACGAAACCCAUCGCCAGAAUGAUAGGGCACCAAAAGCAGGUCAACCACGUCACCUUCUCGCCUGACGGGUCGAUGAUUGCUAGUGCCGGUUGGGAUAACGCCACCAAGCUGUGGAACGCCCGAGAUGGCAAGUUCAUCAACACGCUCCGAGGCCAUGUGGCGCCGGUCUACCAAUGCUCGUUCUCUGCCGAUUCGAGGCUGCUAGUUACGGCUUCCAAGGACACCACUCUCAAGGUCUGGAACGUGAGGACGGGCAAGCUUGCAACUGAUCUUCCGGGCCAUGAGGAUGAGGUCUACGGUGUGGACUGGAGCCCGGACGGCCAGCGCGUCGGAUCCGGCGGCAGAGACAAAGCAGUUCGACUUUGGAGAAAUUAA